AUGCCCACGACGCAGUUCUCGACUCCGGAUCCCUAUUCCUAUCUCAACGGCUUCGGAUCUUACCAUGAGUAUGCUGCCAACCACAUACAAGCCAUCAAAGGCGCCCUGCCCGUAGGCCAGAACUCACCCCAGAAACCCCCCUACGGGCUGUACGCCGAGAAGCUGUCCGGCACCGCCUUCACAGCCCCACGCCACGAGAACAGGCAGACCUGGCUGUACCGCAUCCUGCCGGCGGCCGCGCACGACAACUUCGAACGCCUCGACCCCGAUUCGUAUCACACCGAGACGCAGAAACUGCACCACAUACCCAACCAGCUGCGCUGGAACCCGUUCGAUCUCGAUGAGAAUGUCGACUGGGUACAUGGCUUGCAUCUGGUCGCUGGCGCAGGCGACCCGACUAUGAAGACCGGCCUGGGCAUCCUGCUGUAUGCGGCCGGCAAGGAUAUGGGCAGGGAGGCCUUUUACUCCGCUGACGGCGACUUUCUCAUUGUGCCGCAGCAUGGCGUGCUGGAUAUUCAGACCGAACUGGGGAAGCUGCUUGUGCGGCCGAAUGAGAUUUGCGUCAUUCCAAGGGGUGUGCGCUACCGCGUCACUCUGCCCUCGGGCCCUGUCAGAGGGUACAUCUGCGAGCUCUACCAGGGCCACUUCCAGCUGCCAGAGCUGGGGCCGAUCGGGAGCAACGGGCUAGCCAACGCGCGCGACUUCCAGGCGCCUGUGGCAGCAUUCGAUGACGAAGAAGAGCCGAAAGAAUACCGGGUGAUCUGCAAGUUCAACAACGCGCUCUUCGCAGCGCGACAGGACCACACGCCAUUCGACGUCGUGGCAUGGCACGGCAACUACUACCCCUACAAGUACGACCUGGGCCGGUUUAACGUCAUGGGCACCAUCUCGUACGACCACCCGGACCCGUCCAUCUUCACCGUGCUGACGGGUCCCUCGGACCACCCGGGCACCGCCAUCGCCGACUUCGUCAUCUUCCCCCCGCGCUGGCUCGUCGCCGAGGACACGUUCCGUCCGCCGUGGUACCACCGCAACACCAUGUCCGAGUUCAUGGGCCUGAUUGCGGGCGACUACGAUGCCAAAGUCGGCGGCGGAUUCCGCCCGGCAGGGGCCAGUCUGCAUAAUAUCAUGAGCGGGCAUGGGCCGGACGCGACGGCUCACGAGCGCGCAAGUAAUGCGGAGCUUAAGCCGCAGAAGGUGGGCGAGGGGAGUAUGGCGUUUAUGUUUGAGAGCUCCCUCAUGGUCGGCGUCUCGGAAUGGGGCCUCAAGACAUGCCAGAAGGUGCAGGAGGACUACAAUGCGGAAAGCUGGCGGCCGCUGAAGAGGCAUUUUAAGAAUCCGAACAAGAAGGACUAA